AGGAUGCACUGGCAUCUAGCGGUGAGACUUGUAAAAAGCAGACAGGUUUGAGAAUAUUUUUUAUCCUGUUUUUAGAACUUUGUUUUUUAUUUAAUGCAUUGUAUAUCUAAUAAAGACCCUAAUGGGAGAUAACAGUUAUUAAUGCUGCAAAAAAAAAAACUUCUCGAAAAAACACAUUAGCGAACGUCAUUGGUCAAGAGUAAAGGUUUUAACUGAGGCUUAGUAUCAGAGCGUGAAAUGGAGGAACAGAAACCUCUUCUGGAUCUGCGGCUGGACUUCAAAUAUCAUGCAGCCAAGGAACACGAUUUAAAAACCUGUGAACCUCAUCCACAACACCAAGGGCUUUCCUUACCUAUUGAUGAUAGAGCAUCCAUAAAGAAAAGACUGAGAGACGAGCUGAAAAAGGAAUAUAAUCAAUUUCUUCAGGAGCAAGCUCAAAUAAGGAAAUUAAAUAGGAGAGUCCUUCCUGUCACCUUUAAGCCUGAAGAAAGUCAACCAUCCAAGGUUGUGAACUCAACUGGUGAAAAUCAUCACCUCUUGAUUAAACCCAACACAAACACAGACAGGGAGCACACUGCAUCCAGGACGGACGCUGCCACCCUGACUGAGGAUGCAGGAGAAAGAAGCACAGGGACUCCAGGCCCACAGUCACGGAGGAGGUGGAACAUCCCUAAAGCAAAAGGACGUCAAGGUUCUGAAGACGGAGAGAACACCGAUGAAAGGGAUGGUUUAGGUUGUCAGACAGAGAAGAUCCGGAUACCAGAAGAGCCUAAAAGCUCAGAGGUGGAGCUGAACACAGAUAAAGGGGAUCAAAUUGAUUUCAAAGCAAGGAGGAGACAAAACAGAAGCACCCAAGUUAGUGAGCACAGAGUGAACAGCGCUGACUUUCAGGAAAUGGAGGCUUCUGCUGUUUGUAAUAAGAACAGCAGUGAUCAGGCUGGACAGACAGAGUACCGAAAACAAACUCCAGACAGGCAUGCAGAAUCCACCGUCAGUUCCAGCAAUGUGAAGAAGGAAUUUGCAACUGGUCUCAUAAUUGGGGCAACAGAAGAACCAACUGUCAUUCAAAUGAAGAAGGAACAGUAUAGGCAGGAGCUGCUGAGGCAAAUCGCUGAACAACGGGAUAACAAACUAAAGGAGAAACAAAUGGAAGUUGCUGCCACUGGAGCCACUGACCCAAAGAAAGAGCCUGACAGGAUCAAGCGGUUUGGGGCGGAGCUUGAACAGACUGACAGCUUCAGACAGGAUGUUCUUCACAAGCCCGGAGCAGACAUGGAGUAUGUUGGGGGGGUUUUAGAUCCAACGCCUAAAAAUGACAAACCCAUUGAAGAUUCAAGACAGAGUCCACCACCCUUAAGUUCAAUGCUCAGGCAGAUCCCGGAGAGGACGGCACCUUUGUCUGGGAUGGCUGUGCCGCAUGCUCUCCCGCCUCUGGACUGUUUUAGUGAAGACUACAACAGAGCUCUCAUGCACCAACUGUUAGGGGAGGGGGACAUCUUAAGAUUUACUGGUGUCCCUCCUCUUGCUCCCAUUGUACCAAACACAAACACGAUUCCCUAUGAUGGAGCCCAUUUAUACUACGGAAACGGGAACUAUCCAUUUCAUCUGCAUCCUGUUAGAAAUCAAAAUGACCUCCCAUCUAACGUGGAAGUUCAAAACGAUAUGAAUGACAUUUCCCCAAAGAGGCUGCCUCCUCUGAACGCCCACGACUGCAUCGACUCACCCCCAUCCCCCACUGAAGGGCUUCAUGUAAACAAAAGUCCGCUCAGGAGAGACAAUGCAGUGAACUACCAGGAAGCACUGAGACAGCAGAUCAAAGAAAGAGAGAGUCAUAAAAGAAGAGAGAAAGAGGAGAAUGAGAGGUGUGAUUUAAAGUUACAAGCUGAAAUGAAUUCAUUCAGCCCCUGGGGAAGAGGUGGAGGUGGGGCUCCGAUUAAAGACCAAAAUGGAAACCUUAUUAGUGACUUGUACCAAAUGCACAGAAUCAAUGAAGAAAAAAGGUCGACGCCUGGAGCUCAUGAAACCGGGGCUCAACUCCCAGGUUUUAGUGAUCAGUCACCUCAACAGCAGCUCAGUAGCAAAGAAAGACUCAGAGAAGAGCAAAAAGGACAGAUUGAGGAAAAGAAGAGAAGGCAAGCGGAAGAACGAGCGAGGAUGAGGAUUAUAGAGGAGAAAGAGGAGGAGAGGCUGGCAAAGGAGAGAUUGUUCAUGAAGCAGAACUACGAGGAGGAGCAAAGGAAAUUAAAGCCGAAGAACAAAACAGAGAUCCAACUGGGACCCCAAAUACCCCAGAAGGAGGAGGGGAAGAGUGCUAGGCUGGAAAAACAGAGGACACAGCCGAUCACAGAGAAAACAGUGGGGAACACAUCACAGUUGAUUUCUGAGAGAGUACCAGCUCCUCCUAUCCCAACUUUGCAAAAGAAACGGACAAAUCUUGUAAACUCGAGGCCGCCUUCUGUCACUCCCAACGCCGAACAGGCUGUGUCAGCAGCACAUGAUCGGCCGACCCCUGAGAGAGCAUCACCAUCACACAAUGGCCGGGAAGAAGUGAUCAGAGAGCUGUCGGCCCUCCGGAGGCUUCUGAAGACGGAGCAGAAAAAACUGGAAGUCCAGAUGGGUCAGGCACUUCCACAGGAGAAUCAUCACUCCAUCCCCAGCAGAAGACACCCCACUGUGGAUGCCUCUGAAGGUGUGAGUAAAACUCCACAGUCAUCUUUGGGGACCCCUUCUUCUUCUGCUGUUGCACCAGUCAAUAAAAAAAAACCCCACUAAGGACUCACAUGAAUGACACAAUGGAUGAAUAAAAUAUGUCUUAACUCA